AUGGGAGUCCUUCAGCAGGUUGCGAGCCACCCGCUCGCGCAGCAAUUCCAGACUCUGGGGUUGGGAUCGCAGAUUGCCAUUGCCAUUGGCGGGUUUGUCGCUCUAUCUGUCGCCUUAAAUGUCGCCAGCCAGAUCCUCUUCAAGAAUCCCAACGAGCCCCCGCUGGUAUUCCACUGGUUCCCCUUUAUCGGCAGUACGGUGACAUACGGCAUGGAUCCCCCCAAGUUCUUCAAGGAGAACCGCGCCAAGUUUGGAGAUGUCUUCACCUUUGUACUCCUCGGCAAAAGGACCACCGUCGCUGUUGGCCCCGCCGGAAACGACUUCAUUCUCAACGGCAAGCUCAAGGACGUCAAUGCCGAAGAGAUCUAUACUGUUUUGACUACUCCCGUCUUUGGCCGGGAUGUCGUGUACGACUGCCCAAAUGCUAAGCUGAUGGAGCAGAAGAAGUUCAUGAAGAUUGCUCUGACGACCGAAGCCUUCCGAUCUUACGUUCCCAUCAUCGCUGACGAGGUUCAAUCCUACUUCAAGCGAGACCCCGAAUUCAAGGGCAAGUCUGGCAUUGUCGAUAUCCCCAAGAAAAUGGCCGAAAUCACCAUCUUCACCGCCUCCCACGCUCUCCAGGGCAGUGCCAUCCGAAACAAAUUCGACGAGUCCCUGGCUGCUCUGUACCACGAUUUGGAUAUGGGCUUCACUCCCAUCAACUUCAUGUUGCACUGGGCUCCCCUUCCCUGGAAUCGCAAGCGUGACCACGCUCAGCGCACUGUUGCCAAGAUCUACAUGGACACCAUCAAGGAGCGUCGUGCCCAGGGUGAUGCUGACAAGGAACUCGACAUUAUGAAGCAUCUUAUGAACUCGACAUACAAGAACGGAACUCCUGUGCCCGACCAUGAGGUUGCCCACAUGAUGAUUGCUCUGCUCAUGGCUGGUCAGCACUCGUCCUCAUCCACCAGCUCGUGGAUUAUGCUUCGUCUCGCCCAGAACCCGCAAAUCGUUGAAGAACUCUACCAGGAACAGAUCAAGGCUCUGGGUGCAGACCUGCCUCCUCUGGCGUAUGAAGACCUUGCCAAGCUGCCCCUCAACCAGGCCAUUGUCAAGGAAACCCUCCGUCUUCACGCUCCCAUUCACUCCAUCAUGCGAGCCGUCAAGCAGCCGAUGCCUGUUCCUGGCACUAAGUAUGUCAUUCCUACGACUCACACGCUCCUUGCCGCUCCCGGUGUCAGCGCCAGCGACCCUACCUACUUCCCUAACCCUGAGGCCUGGGACCCUCACCGUUGGGAGAGUGACUCUGCCAACGCUCCUACCAUUGUCCGCAACGUUGUCGAGGAAGAGGAGAAGGUCGACUACGGCUACGGUUUGGUCAGCAAGGGUGCCGCGUCACCGUACCUUCCCUUCGGUGCCGGUCGCCACCGAUGCAUUGGCGAGCAUUUCGCCAACGUGCAGCUUCAGACAAUUGUUGCCGAAGUCGUUCGCCUAUUCAAGCUGAGCAACGUUGACGGCGGCAACAGCCUUAUUGGCACCGACUACGCUUCCCUGUUUUCACGACCCUUAGAACCCGCGAAGAUUCGCUGGGAACGACGAGAUUAG